UCUUUGUCUUUCAUUUCUCUUCCAUUACACCUCAAAACCCUCUCUCUGCAUCUCAAAGAAACACUCAUAUCAUCUUCUUCAUCCAUACAAGAUUAGUAGAGAGUCAUGGCUUACAAAAAUGCCAUGCUCACAGUUACACUUCUGUUCAUGGUUGUAGUAGGAACAUGUACGGCUCAAUCUGCACCUUCUUUAGCACCAACAACAUCAAUGAUAAUGCCACCGAUGAUGUCUACUGUUCCUUCUCCACCUAUGAUGAUGUCGCCACCUCCUCCGUCUAUGAUGAUGUCUCCACCUCCUAUGAUGAUGUCGCCACCUCCUCCGUCUAUGAUGAUGUCUCCACCUCCUAUGAUGAUGUCGCCACCUCCUCCGGCUAUGAUGAUGGUGCCACCUCCUAUGAUGAUGAUGACGCCACCGCCUAUGAUGAUGCCACCAGCCCAGCCUCCCAUGAUGAUGAUGUCACCACCACCAUCUUCUCCAAUGGCACCAGGUCCCGGUCCUAGUAAUGGUAUGAUGAUGCCCGGCUCUCCCCCUGCACCUACUCCUAUGUCACAUUCCGAUGCUCCUGGUCCUUCUCCAAUGAUGAUGGCUCCUCCCCCUCCUAAUUCAGGCGUUGUUUAUGGAGCUUCCCUGACCUUGUUAGCCGGAAUAUCUGUUCUACAGUUACUCAUCUAAGUUAUCGUGUUUAUUCAGUCAAUUCUAAGUCGAUUCAUUUCUCAUGAUUCGAUUGAUUAUGCAUUCUUUUUUUUUUUUUUUAUUGCUUCUUUUUCUUUUUUUAUGAUGAUUCUUGGACCUUCAUUCGUGGAGUGAUAUGAUUAGUGUAUGCAGCACUUUUUUCGUUGAGAUUGUUAUCAAUAAUAUAUAUGUUCUCUUUAUAUCAA